GCGCCUUUCGAAAUAAACGCCGGGUAAAAUCUAGGCACUUCUUGGUGAUAGCAGAUCCUCAUGACUGACAGGGAUUACCAUGACAACCCGAAAGAAGCCAAAACGCAAAACGUUUACAUUUCAGAAUCAUUCAUGUAUCGUUAAUGAUGCACGAGGCAGUCUUAAGUUCGUCGGUGCAAAACACGUCACAAAGAAAACCAUGACUGGGCUUAAUGAGUUUCGCAAGCAGGGUAUAAUGUGUGAUGUUGUACUCAAGGUUGAUAACUAUGAAAUACCAGCACAUAGAACUGUACUUGCUGUACAUAGUGAAUACUUUCGUGCUAUGUUCACCACUGGAAUGGUUGAAAGCAGAGAAAAAGAAAUUGACAUCCAAGGCAUCGAAAACAAAUCCCUUGAAACACUCAUUGGUUACAUGUACACUGGUAGUUUGGAUGUUACCAAGGAGACUGUACAGGACUUAUUGACAGCAGCAUGCAUGCUACAAGUGGAAGACGUGAAAGAUAUAUGCAGCAACAGUCUACUCAGAUUUGUAGAUGUGUCUAAUUGUAUCAGUGUGUGGAUGUUUUCGGAUCUGCACAGUUUGAGAGAGUUACAAAUCAAAUCAAGUCAGCUACUGAAAUCCAGGUUUCCUGCAAUUAUUGUGCAAGAAGAGUUUCUCUUGCUUGAGAGCAACAAACUGAUGGAAAUCUUGGCAUUUGAUGACCUCAGUCUUGGAAUAAAGAAUGAAGACACUGUUUUGGAAGGCAUUGUGAGAUGGUUAGAACAUGACCCUAUAUCAAGAAUUCAAGAUAUUUCAGAAUUAUUGAAACUUGUCAGAUUACAUCUGGUAUCCAUGCCAUAUUUACAGACUGUCAGACAGCAUAGUGUGGUCAUAGACAAUCAUGAUGCUGUGUCAUUGAUUGAUAAUGCAAUAGCCAUAAAAGAAGACAAGUCACCACAUAACUUGAAAGGGGCCAGACAACCAUCGUCUUCUAUUUAUGUCUUGGGAGGAUAUUUACAGUCAAGAACAGGUGGAAACUGUCCUCACACAUUAUCCGUUGAGAAGUAUGACAUCAACAAGGACAAAUGGACAGAAGUUGGAAAACUCCCCUUCAAUUUGGAAUGCCAGACGGCUGUUGUCUUGAAUGGAGAAAUGUUUUUUGUUCAUAAGAAACUCAUACAACCAAAACUUAAAAUUCCAACAUUUACCAAUGUCGGUACAGUGUACACUUUAUGUACGUUUAGCAGUCUGUAUAAUGAGUGGAAAUUGAAGGAGAUCAGUCAAUACUCAGUGUGGGCACACCUCAGGGACUUCAAACAGUGUGCCAUAGCUGUCUGUAAAGAUGAAAAUGUUGUUUAUGUAUGCGGUGGUAAGGAACCCACUCGAAGUUUGACGGCUAAGUCGGUAUUGAGAUUGGAUAUUGAGAAUGAUUGCUGGACUGAGCUGCCAAGCCUUCCAGAACUUAGGUUCAAUCACAGUGCCAUUGUUGUCAAUAGAAGACUAUAUGUGAUUGGUGGAAAUGAUAUAUCAGUUCAUAUUGGUAAUCACAGACAGGAAGUGAAAUCAUCAGUUUUUAUGUAUGACCCGGAUGAGGGAUGUUGGUCGGAGAAAUGUGAAAUGAACACUCACAGAUUGGGACUUGGAUUGGCAGAGGUCGGUGGAUUUCUUUAUGCAGUUGGUGGAGUGAGUAAUGUUACACGUGAGCGGUCUGUUGAAAAGUAUGACCCAGACACGGAUUGUUGGAAUUAUGUCUGUGAUAUGAAUAAACCUAGAUCGUUUCUCAGUGUUGUGGCAUGUCAUGGUUUGUUGUAUGCCAUUGGAGGCAAAUCAUAUUCCGGUGAUUGUGGUGGGGCUCGUACAGUUGUGAGGAGUGGCGAAGUUUAUAAUCCUGCAACAGACACAUGGACUAUGAUAGACUCUAUGAAGACACCAAGAUGUAUGAUGUCAGCAUGUGUUUUAUGAUGUCAUCACUCUGAAUACUGUCACAUGGACUAUGAUAGAAUGCACCACAAUGUAUGAUGUCAGCAUGUGUUUUAUGAUGUCAUCACUCUGAAUACUGUCACAUGAACUAUGAUAGACUGCACCACAAUGUAUGAUGUCAGCAUGUGUUUUAUGAUGUCAUCACUCUGAAUACUGUCACAUGUACUAUGAUAGACAACAUCACAAUAUAUUCUGUUAAUAUAGAUGUACAAGAAC